GCUUACUGUAUUAUGCAGGACAUGGUUAUGAAAACUUUGGGAACAGCUUUAUGGUGCCUGUUGAUGCUCCUAAUCCAUAUAGGUCUGAAAAUUGUCUAUGUGUACAAAAUAUACUGAAGUUGAUGCAAGAGAAAGAAACUGGACUCAAUGUAUUCUUGUUGGAUAUGUGUCGGAAGAGAAAUGACUAUGAUGAUACCAUUCCAAUCCUGGAUGCCCUGAAGGUCACCGCCAACAUAGUGUUUGGAUACGCCACCUGCAUGUUGUAUGUGCAGCAUCACUUGGAUGACCCGGAUGACCCCAGUCCACCUAACAUGGGCAAAUGUCACCUUACCAAAGGUAAACAGGCUCUGGAGAUUCGAAGCAGUUUGUCGGAAAAGCGAGCCCUUACUGAUCCAAUUCAAGGGACAGCAUCUUCCGCAGAGUCUCUGGUGCGCAAUCUGCAGUGGGCCAAGGCUCACGAACUUCCAGAAAGCAUGUGUCUUAAAUUUCAAUGUGGUGUUCAGAUUCAGUUAGGAUUUGCUGCUGAAUUUUCAAAUGUCAUGAUAAUCUAUACAAAUAUAGUCCACAAACCGCCUGAAAUAGUAAUGUGUGAUGCCUAUGUUACCGAUUUCCCACUUGACCUAGAUAUUGAUCCAAAAGAUGCAAAUAAAGGGUCUCCUGAGGAAACCGGCAGCUACUUAGUAUCAAAGGAGCUGCCCAAGCACUGCCUCUACACAAGACUCAGUUCCCUGCAAAAAUUAAAGGAACAUCUGAUCUUCACAGUGUGUUUAUCAUACCAGUACUCAGGACUGGAGGACACUGUGGAGGAGAAACAAGAAGUGAAUGUUGGGAAGCCUCUCAUUGCUAAGUUAGACAUGCACCGAAGCCUGGGCAGGAAGACUUGCUAUCAGACAUGCCUGAUGCCUGACGGGCCUUACCACAGCUGCACGCCGGCCUCUGGAGGAACGCGGCAUUACCCCUCAUCUCAGGACUCAUUCCAUGGUGUCUACCAUUCACAUCUUGCUAAUUCAGAAAGCAUUAUGCCAUCAGACAGAUGUCAUUGCAGCCGGACUCCUAAUGCAUUUAUUUCAAGCUAUCACGCCCACCAUUACUCCUGUCGGGUUGGUAGGAGUAACGUGCCAGUGGAGACAACUGAUGAAAUGCCAUUCAGUGUCUCUGACGGGCUCAGGAUUUCUGAAAAGUGACCUUGGUUUUGAAAGUUCUCAUAAUUACUAGAUGCUUCACAUGAGAUAGUCCUCAUAUAAAGUGAGGCAUUGUGAAAAGGCCAGUGCAUACAUAUGGAGAGAAAGCCGGUAAGCACUGCUUCAUAAGCUCAAGAUUUUGAGAUGAUGGAGUACAUUAUUUAACCACAGACUUCCUCGUGCUUUUUUUUCUCUCUUCUUAGACUUGUAAAUUGAGUGAUUUGUUCUGUGAGAAUGAAACAUAGAUGUAUGUGUGUGUGUGUGUGUGUGUGUGUGUGUGUGUGUGUGUGUAUAUGUACAUAAGAAAAAUAUUUUUAUUUUGGCUACUCUGAAGUGAGAAGAGUCGGAAUGGCAUUACUGUAGAAUAAAUCAUUGAACUUUUAGCACCAGAAGAAAUCCUGUUGACCAAGCCUAACUUGGUUUUGUUGAGAAAAAUAGAUUGAGCCUUCUUGUCUAAGUUAAAGGUAGGGCUGGCCUGAUCGCUCAGUAGACGAAAGCCCCUGCUUAGGCGGAGCGCAACAGCUGGGGUUCAAUUCCUGGCAUGCUGUGCUG